UGACGUCCGACUCACACACGGGUUGUGACGGUGUGUAAGAGAAAGAGGCGUGUCCAUGUUUACUGAGAGGAAACUGCAGCUGGAAAAAUGAUUCUCCUCAAAGUCAGACUCCUGGGAUCAUCACCCGCUCCUCUUUGCCAACACUAACAGACUAGAAGAAGACUUCAGGAGGAAGAUGCUGAGCUUCAGGCUGCUCUACAUUUUCUCGUAUAACCUGUUCCAGUUCUGCGGACACACCUGGAUCCUGGCCAACACCAUCGCCAGGUUCCUCAUGUUCGGGAAAGAUGCGUUAGCUGACACAUUUUACUCCGUGGGCUUCGUGAUGAGUCUGUGCCAGCUGCUCUCCAUCCUCGAGCUCUUCCACAUCGCAGACGGCAUUGAGAGAGCCAGACUUUUCCCUCGCUUCAUCCAAGUCGUGGAGAAGAACCUCCUCCUGAUCAUGGUCAUCAUGUUGGAGGAGAUCCAGAGUAAACCUGUGGUGUGUGUUCAGCUCUUCUUGUGGAACAUCCUGGACCUGCUGAGGUAUCCCCAUGAGCUUCUGUGUCUGAUGCAGAGACCCUCCAUAACCAUGCUGUGGACUCGAUACACGCUCUGGAUCCCCGUGUACGUCCUGUCAGCAGCCACAGAAGGUGUCACCAUAUACCAGGCCCUGCCGUAUGUCGAGCCAAAAGCAUCAGAGUCUUCUUCCUCUGUAAACUCAACAGUGUCAUCCCAGCCUCACCUGCCCUUCGCCUUGAUGUUCUACCUGCCUGUUCUCACUCUGGGAGCGUCUGCAGCCGUGUGGCAGCUGCUUCAGGAGAGACAGCAUCACCUGCACAAAUGGAACAAGAUGAAGAAGAAAUGAGUCCUGAAGACUGAACGUUUGGUACUCUGAAGAGAAGUUCCUCUGGACUGAUGCCGCCGAGGCGAGAGGAUCUUGAACUUAAAGCCACAAAGUGAAAAACAUAAGCUUCCUGUUUGAUGAACUUUUAAUGUGUGUGAUCGGGACAGAGUACACUCCUCUUGUUUUUGUCAUUCCUGUGUGAUUUUAGCAGAGUCCAUUAUGCUGCAGUGUCUCAGCUGUGAGUUUUUAAAGCUCCCUCCAUGAAUCUGAGAAGAACCUGUGUUUGUUUUGGUCAGUCAUGACUCCUCCGGGCUACCAUCCGUACGCUCUGGUCCACACAGCUUUCUUCUUGAACUCAGCAGAGGACUUCAGGACCAACAGGGUGGCUGAAACAACGACACAGGAGGAAGAUUUUAAAUCAGAAGAGGAGACUUUAACUCUGUAGAGGAUGUGAGUGUGUGAGGAGAGACAGGGGUCUUUGUCUUUGUGUAUUUAACGUCAUGCAACAGGAACACCACCAUCAGAGUUUUUACCAUAUUCAUUCUCUAAAGAAAACAUCCGUUAAUAUUCACUCUCUCUCUAUCAGACAUGAUGGAAGCAUUCCCCUCCUCACGAAAACAUUCAAAUAAAGAUUUUCAAACAUUAA